AUGAACCUCAUAUUGCUUUUCCUGGUCUGUGUCGGGCUGUCGAGUUGCCAAACGUCGGAUACCGCGCCAGAAGGGGGUAAGCAGAAGGGGCUCAUCGACUGGAUUAACAAUCUAAUAGGAGCUGGAACGACCACGCCGCGGCCUACCACACUCAAGCCUUCAAACGACCCGCCGAAAGAAUGCCCCACGUGCCAAUGCGGAAUCGCGCGCACCCACCGGCGCAUCGUGGGCGGUGUGGAGACCAAAGAGAAGGAGUACCCUUGGAUCUGCGUGCUGCUGUACGGGGGACGGUUCUACUGCGGCUGUUCUCUCAUCUCCGACCUCUACGUGCUGACGGCCGCCCAUUGCACCGCCGGAUUCCGUAAGGAGCGGAUUACCGUCCGAUUCCUAGAGCACGAUCGUACCAUUGCGAAUGAGACGAAAACCAUAGACAGGAAAGUGGCCGCCAUAAUACGCCACGCGCGGUACAACCCCGGCACAUAUGACAACGACAUCGCCAUGUUGAAAGUCGACGAGAGGCUGGACUUGAGCAAGGUGAUCAAGAAGCUUCGCGAUGACGGCGAAGACGAACCGGAGCGGGGUGUGGGCACCGUUUGCCUACCGGAGGAGGGCGCCUCCUUCACGGGCCAGAACGCCACGGUCGCCGGCUGGGGCACCACCGAGGAGGGCGGCUCCGUCUCCAACGUCCUUAGGGAGGUGACGGUACCGAUAAUAUCGAACGACGACUGCCGCAUGUCCAACUACAAGGACCGCAUAACCGAGAACAUGCUGUGCGCGGGCAUCGACGAGGGCGGGAAGGACGCGUGCCAAGGCGACUCCGGCGGCCCCCUGCACGUCUUCAACAACGCCACCAACACGUGGCAGGUGGCAGGUAGAAACAGGGCGUAUGAGUUCUUAUCGAACGAGAAUUUCAGGUGUUGUGUCCUGGGGAGAAGGGUGUGCAAGGCCUCGGACACCUGGCGUGUACAGUCGCGU